UCUGCACUUUGUUCCUUCCCUGGCACAGCUCUCUCUGCAUUCCUUCCAUCUCCCGGCAUUCUCUGUUUCUAUCUCUGUGUGUUUAAAAACCAGUGUGGGAAGUGUGCACCCCUGUGCAUCAGACUCCGAACCAUGUUUUUCUUGACUCCCGUCUUGGUAGCCAUUCUCUGCAUUUUGGUUGUGUGGAUCUUUAAAAAUGCUAAUAGAAGCAUGGAGAAAAAGAAGGGGGAGGCUACAACCAGGGCCGAGGCUCGCCCCUGGGUGGAUGAAGACUUAAAAGACAGCACUGACCUGCACCAAGCAGAAGAAGAUGUUGAUGAAUGGCAAGAAUCAGAAGAAAAUGUUGAACACAUCCUGUUCUCUCACACCCGCUAUUCUGAGAAGGAAAUGGCUAAGAGAUCUCAGGAAUUUUAUGAACUUCUCAAUAACAGACGGUCAGUCAGGUUCAUAAGUAAUGAGCAAGUCCCAAUGGAAGUCAUUGAUAAUGUCAUCAGAACGGCAGGAACAGCCCCGAGUGGGGCCCACACAGAGCCCUGGACCUUUGUGGUUGUGAAGGACCCGGACAUGAAGCACAAGAUUCGAAAGAUCAUCGAGGAGGAAGAGGAGAUCAACUACAUGAAAAGAAUGGGGCAUCGCUGGGUCUCAGACCUCAAGAAACUUAGAACCAAUUGGAUUAAAGACUACUUGGAUACUGCCCCUGUUUUGAUUCUCAUUUUCAAACAAGUACAUGGUUUUGCUGCAAAUGGCAAGAAAAAAGUCCACUACUACAAUGAGAUCAGUGUUUCCAUCGCUUGUGGCAUCCUGCUAGCUGCCCUACAGAAUGCAGGUCUGGUGACUGUCACUACCACUCCUCUCAACUGUGGCCCUCGACUGAGGAUGCUCCUGGGUCGCCCCGCACAUGAAAAGCUGCUGAUGCUGCUUCCCGUGGGGUACCCCAGCAAGGAGGCCACGGUGCCUGACCUCAAGCGCAAGCCCCUGGACCAGAUCAUGGUGACGGUGUAGGCAGGGACCCUCAAGGAAGCGGUGGAGAGGCGACGCCCCUGCUUCUCCCUGCGCCUCUCGCCUGCUCCUCUGGGGUCUCUUGGCUGCCCUUUCCCCAGGUGUCGGGUCUCCCCGUCCCAUCUCUUCUCAGGUGGCCACAAGGAGUCAAGAAGCCUCUCCACAUUCUGUGGCACUUCACCUCCCAUAAGUCCUGUUUCUUUUCCACUUUGGAAAUGCAUGAACACUUUAUAAAGAACGUGGCCUAGUUUUUAAGCUUUAAAAGUUAUUCUAGAAAAUCACUAUUGGCUUUUUUUUUUUAUUUUUAAAAAACUCACCUAGAGGAGACAGAAAUUUAUCAUAGUCUCAAAAUUUCAGCUACAUGAUGACUCGAAUUUAAAUUUAGAUUAAUCAAAUGGUCUCUUGCUCUUGGAUUUCUGCUGGCUUUUAGACAAAGGAUAUACUUUUGAGAUAUACUUUUUAAACUGAACUUCAGGGACACCCUGCUAGUUUGGGAUAAAUAGCCAUUGAAGGAACUAAAAUGUGGCCGGGGCAGUAGCUCAUGCCUGUAAUUCUUGCACUUUGGGAAGCUAAGGAGGGUGGAUUGCCUGAGCUCAGGAGUUUGAGACCAGCCUGGCCAACAUGGUGAAGCCCCAUUUCUACUAAAGAUAAAAAAAAAAAAAAAUAGCUGGGCACUGUGGCACAUGCUUGUAAUCCCAGCUACUCAGGAGGCUGAGGCAGGAAAAUCGCUUGAACCCCGGAGAUGGAGAUUGCAGUGAGCUGAUGCUGAGAUGCGCUACUGCACUCCAGCCUGGGUGACAGAGUGAGAUUUUGUCUCAAAAAACAAAAACAAAGUUACUAAAAUGUCACCUUCACAGAACAGACCAGGGCACGCUUGGGUCUCAUGGGCCUCGCUGGCAUGUAAAGCGUCAGUCGCACUGCCUAGUGGUGUGGUAGAUCUGACUUGCAGCAAUUCAUAGAAGCUGGUAAAUACUCAAGAAUCUUGCGAGCCAAUUAUUAAACAUUCAUAGCUUGAAAUUGCCCAUGGUGUGAGAAUUUACACCACAACCACUACAAAUCAGGGCUUGCUGAAGUCUGAGCCCUGUUCCAGGUAACCAGAGACCCAACAACCAAAGGCAAAGUAUAAGCCUUGAUUGGAUUUUGGUCUAGGAAAAAUCUCAUGGGUAUAAAAGACAAGUGGGAAUGUCGAAUGUGGAUCUGGUGGUAGGUGAUAUUGUAGUGAUGUGAGUGAUGCCUGCUGAAGUACGGAGAGAUGAAGCAUCAUAUUGACAACUUCAGGAAAAAAGAGGUGCGUGCGUAUGUGUGUGUUCAGAGAGUGUGAGAGAGAACUGACAUGGUAAAACGUUAGGUGGAGCAUAUACAGUUCUCAUUAUACUCAUUUAAAAUUUAUGUUUGAACACAGUCAAAUCUGAAUGGAAAUACAUGUAAAUAAGCAUUUCUUUGAGUCAUAUAAAUAAUUUGCCUAAAAAUGCCCUCUAAGUACAUCGUUAGGUUAAGCGAUUUACUGAAGACAGCAGAUAUCAUGCUUAUUUCAUUGGGUUAUCUUGGAAUGCCCCCCAGUAGGAUAGUUAGAGGUGUGAAAAUGAGAACCAGAUGAGAAAUAAGGCGAGAGGCUCACAUUGCUCGCAGAGAACCGACUGAGUAAUCGAGGAGAGGAAGGAAGCCCUUUGAAGGAAUGUAAAAUCCAUUUCAGCCUGCCUGCCCCAUGGAAUGGAGCCACUUCUUCUGCCCCAAGCACACCCCACACUAAUUUCUGCUGCAGCAUCAAGAUCAGGGCAAAUUAGCACAGGCAGUCCCCCAGCCAUCGGUAGUAUCUGCAAAAGUAAAGACAAUUUUCUUCCUUCUCUCUGCAGCCCCAAGCUCUUAUUAACCUUCUUUUAAGUGUUCAUUACAUGUAGUCAUGUGACGACUGUGUUCAAAGGUAGAAAUAGUGGUCUGGGAGGCUGAUAGAUCCUCUUGCUGUUUUGAGGCCUUAAAACAGAAAAAAUAAUGGAAUGAUUGCAUCAUUGUGAGGAAGAAUACUUAAUUAAGAAACUUGACAAUGGUUUGUCUUACUGAUAGGACUCACCCGAAGUCUCUACUUUGCCAAAAGGGAAUACUGAAUUGAAAGCUGUGUUAGCCAGCAGAGGGUAGAGCCGUGGUCCUCAUACUUGCUGGCAUUACUCAUCUGGGAGUCUGUUAAAGCACAGAUUGCUGCGCCACACCCUCAGGGUGUGUGAUUCAGUAGGGCUGGGUAGUGCCCAAAUGCUCCAUUUCUAAAAUAUUCCCAGGUGUUGCUGAUGAUGGUGAUUGGGUACCACAUUUUGAGAACCACGGGGCACUGGCAAUCACCAAAUGCAAUGCUUCUAUGACUUGACGUGAGAGAAGUUCAUUUCUUGGGCAGGCAAAGUCCCCUGCAAGCCUGGAAACGCUCCAAGACAAUUGCUUGCAUGGGGUAACCCAGUAAUCCUUUGGGAUGCACCUUCCAGGACAUGGCUAGAGAAAACACUGGAAGAGCUCACCCCAACAAUUCCAUUCUACCUUGGCCCAGGAGUGACCUCCUCACUCUCACAGCCCAUUGGCUAGAACUAGUCAUGUGACCUCACAGGAGGUGGAGCAAUGUCAUCAAUGUUACCAUCCCCCUGCACCUGCAAGGAAGAGGGCCCAGUUGUGCAUAGGUGCUGGAUGUCUCUUCUCCAAAAUACGUAACUCUGAAUUUGGAAAAUAAAGUUGGAUAUAACAACAAAGAAAAGGAGAGGAGAAGGAAAGUUGAAGAAAAUGGCGAAAUCAGAAUAAGACAGUGAAAGGCACAAAUAGUUUCUUCUGGAACACUAAGAUUGGUUAAUAUUUGUCUGACACAGCUCAGCAUCGCUUUGGGUCAAGGAAAAUCAAUACAAACAUAUAUAAAGCAGAACCAAGAUUGACUUCUUCCUAGACAUUCCUGCCUCUGCCCACAAAAUGGAAACUUCCAUCAAGAAGUACAGGAGAGUCUAGCCUAUCUUCCUAUUUGCUCCUCCCUGUGAAAGGUAGGGUGACUUCUCUGAUGCAUUAAAUUGGUGGUAAAUAGUUAUUGCUCAUGCUCCAACCCCAACAAAGUGCACCCCAUUUUAAGCCAAAUUUACAAACUGGGGAUGAUCCACCUUGCAAAGAUGAUCCACCAGUUGGUUUCUUUAUUUACUUUAUUCUUGCUCUGUCACCCAGGCUAGAAUGCAUUGGUGUGAUCGUGGCUCACUGCAGCCUCCAACUUCUGAACUCCAGUGAUCCUCUUGCCUCAGCCUCCCAGGUAGCUGGCACUACAAGUGCACGCCACCACACCCAGGUUAGUUUUUCUAAAUAUUGGAGUUCCCAAAGAGUAUUCAAACUGAUGUGAUAUUUUAAAAGACAUUUUGUAAGCAUCUUUUAGGACUAUCCAUAACUGGAAGAAAAACACAUAGUUAUCAGUGGAUAUUGCACCUGAGAGGCAUGAGAAAUAUAAUUAUUAUUUUGCUAGGUAUCAGCAGAGUGCUCUCUUACAAUAUGUGUGAAAUGGAAACAAUGGUAACACCAUGUUUUCAACUCACUCAUAGAUACAAGUAAUGAGAGGUCCAGAAGAAAGGUUGCUCCAGCUCUGCUGCUACUGUGCCUCCCCUCUCCUGCCCCCACCCACCUCACAAAAGAGGCUGGAGACUGAAAAAAAGGCUGUGUGUUUCUCUACCUUUUAGAAAGGGUGAAUAGCAGAGAACUGGAGGUGAGAAAGGUAAGGAAACUUCCAUUGGGAGAGUGGAGGCAAGGGGCUGAUGCAUCUAAGGCUGAUGCCAGGCCUGCUCCCUAUCUGGGUGGCCUCAGCUAAUGAGGUCCAGGACAUUCAGGGGCAGGCACGAGGGAGAACAGCCCCUGAAGCUGAGAUCCUGCCAAGCUAAAUACAGUAGUUCUAAUGAAAUGUGAGAGGCUAUAAUCUCAUUUGGGAAAUUCCUAAAAAGUCAUGAGACAGGGGAAUGGUUUAUGUUAUUAUCAUGACCUGAGAGUCAUGGCUCAGAGCCAAAUGUUCAGGAUUAAAUUCAUCAGCACAUAAAUGUCUUUAGAGUGAGAUGAAAAUAUGUUAGCAAUGCCUGCAGAGUGCCAAGUAAAUGCAGAAGCCAAUGAGAUCAUAAAGGAAGUUGUUAGCUAACUUAGGUAGAGUCUCUAACUUCCUUCUACUCUAAUAUUUAAAAAUAAAAAUAGUAAUUAAGAGGUAAUUGGAAUAAAGGUUCUAAAAUCAAACCCCUCUGAAAGGUGAAGACUGGGAGCCUCCUGUUGCCAUAGCAAUGCCGGCUCUUAGGGCGCUGUCUCCCAGCGCUGGAGUAUUGUCUUCUGACCUGAGCUCCUAAGCAACCUCUGCUCAUCUGAGAUGUCCACCAUAUUGUGGGCAUGAAUCCUUAACAAUAGUAAAUAGUAAGUCAGUUCCCUUGUUGGGCAAAUGACUUAAGUCUGGGAAUGUGUAGAAUUAAUUACGAAAAUGAUGCAAUAAUUCAAAUCCAUAACACUGAUACUUUCAUGUUAAGGUUAGGAAUAAACUUGUGUAUUUUCCUUAAGUGAUUUGAAUCUUUAAAAAGCUUAUGAUUCCAAUCUGAAAUGUGAAAUUUAUUUUAAGUUUGUCAUUUGAAGUUGAAAGGUAUAAGAAUAUUUAACUUAGCUCAUUAAUGGUAUCAGACUAGAUUUACUGUGUUUAUAAGUUAAAUGUAUUGGAUUUACAAGGGAUGCUCAAAUAUAUGAGGAUGUUUUGCCUUAAUUUGUGAUAAUCUUACCAUAUCAAUGAUUUGAAGUGCUAAAAUAGAAAAUCAAAUAUGAUAAAUUAUAUAAGCAGUUUAGAAGGUUUAAGAGAUUUUAAUAAACAAAGUCUGCAACUGAGA